AUGAUAGGAACGCUAGUGAGGCUCCCACCAAAUCGCAUGAGCUUGUGCUCCCAGAAGAAGAAUAAGAAAAAAAACAGCGAAAUCAAAACUUGGAAACAGAGACGAUUGGAAAGCCAACAGAAACGAAACGCUCUUUGUUUCCCUAAACCCAAAUCAACCCCACUCCUUAUCCAUCGUCGACCUCCUCCGCAAACCCGAUUGGAAGCACUUGAACGAGUCGUCACAGACCUUGAAGCCUCUGUUGAGAAGGGCAUCAGAAUCGACCCUGAAAUCUAUGCCUCUUUAUUAGAAACCUGCUAUCGCUUGCAAGCCAUUCGUCCCGGUAUCCAACUCCACCGCCUUAUCCCAACAUCGCUGUUGCAUAGAAAUGUCGGCAUCUCCUCCAAGCUUCUUAGGUUAUAUGCUUCCUGUGGGUAUGUGGAUGAAGCCCACGAGUUGUUCGAUCAAAUGGCUAAGAGGGAGACCUCUGCAUUUCCCUGGAAUUCACUCAUCUCAGGAUAUGUCCAAUUGGGCCUCUACGACGAUGCCAUUGCACUCUACUUCCAAAUGGUGGAAGAGGGUGUCGAACCUGACUUAUUCACAUUCCCGAGGGUUCUCAAAGUUUGCGCGGGAAUUGGGUCUGUUCGAGUAGGGGAAGAAGUGCAUCGCCAUUUGGUUCGUGCUGGCUUUGCCACUGAUGGUUUUGUCCUCAAUGCACUUGUUGACAUGUAUUCUAAGUGCGGUGACAUUGUAAAGGCUCGAAAAAUCUUUGACAAGAUGCCUCAUAGAGACCCAAUUUCGUGGAAUUCCAUGCUCACUGCUUAUGUUCAUCAUGGCCUUGAGGUUGGGGCAAUGAUGAUUUUCCGCCAAAUGAUUUUGGAAGGGUGUGAACCUGAUUCUGUUAGCAUAUCCACCAUUCUUACAGGUGUGUCAUCUCUAGGUAUCGGGGUUCAAAUUCAUGGAUGGAUAAUCCGGCGAGAACUUGAGUGGAACCUAUCCAUUGCUAAUUCCUUGAUGGUGAUGUACUCGAGUCAUGGUAGGUUACAAAUGGCACGAUGGAUAUUCAAUCUAAUGCCAGAAAGGGAUAUUGUUUCGUGGAAUUCUAUAAUAUCUGCACAUUGCAAAAGCCGAGAGGCCCUUGCCUUUUUUGAGCAAAUGGAGGAAGCUGGUGUUGAGCCAGAUAAAAUAACGUUUGUUUCAAUACUAUCAGCCUGUGCCUAUUUGGGUUUAGUGAAGGAUGGAGAGAGAGUGUUUGCUCUAAUGUAUGAAAAAUAUAAAAUAAAACCAAUUAUGGAACAUUAUGGUUGUAUGGUUAACCUUUAUGGAAGAGCAGGAUUGAUUAAAAAGGCUUAUAGCAUCAUAGUAGGCAGAGUGGGCUCUGAAGCUGCUGCUCCAACGCUUUGGGGAGCUUUAUUGUAUGCCUGCUAUUUUCAUGGAGACGCAGUUAUAGGAGAGAUUGCUGCAAACCGACUCUUUGAUUUAGAACCAGACAAUGAGCAUAACUUUGUACUUCUUAUGGGGAUUUAUGAAAAUGCAGGCAGAUUAGAGGACAUGGAGAGAGUUAGAAUGAUGCUGGUUGACAGAGGAUUGGAUUAUUAG